AUGUUUCGAUCACGCUGUCAAAAUAUCCUACGGUCGCGAUGCGUAGUACCGCCCGUUCAGACGAUGACUCGUCUGCCCUUGACACGCGCAGCAUUCUCCACCUCGGCUCGAUGUGAGCUCAUGGAGAUGUCCGGUUUCACUGAGGAACAACUCACUGUUCGAGACGCUAUUCAGAAUGUUUGUUCCAAGUUCCCAAAUACAUACUGGCAGGAACGCGAUCAACAGGAGAAAGAUCCCAAGGAAUUCCAUGCAGCGCUUGCAAAGGACGGCUGGCUCGGUAUUGCCCUGCCGGAAUCCCUGGGUGGAGCGGGCUUAGGUAUAUCUGAGGCUACGAUGAUGAUGCAGACCAUCACACAGUCUGGCGCAGGCAUGGCGGGAGCGCAGGCCAUCCACGCUAACGUAUAUGCCACCCAGCCACUAGCGAGAUUCGGUACUCAAGAACAACUUGAGACUACAAUUCCCAACAUUAUUAAUGGAACAUGGCGAACUUGCUUCGGAGUCACAGAGCCAAAUACGGGACUGGAUACCCUCAAGCUCAAGACCCUAGCAACAAAGACAGCAGAUGGAUACACCGUGACAGGUCAAAAGAUCUGGAUCACCUGCGCGCAGGUCGCGUCGAAAAUGAUUCUCCUGGCUCGAACAACUCCGCUUGAGGAAGUCAAAAAGUCAACAGAGGGUCUAUCAAUGUUUUGCAUUGACCUUAACCGCGAUCAACCGGGACUCGAUCUUCGCAAAAUCAAAAAAAUGGGCGGUCGCGCCGUGGAUGCAAACGAAGUCUUUUUCGAUAACUACAAAAUCCCCGCGAACGCACUCAUCGGUCAAGAGAACGAUGGCUUCAAGAUCAUUCUACACGGUAUGAAUGCCGAGCGUUGUCUUCUGGCUGGCGAAGCCCUCGGUCUCGGAUACGCUGCUCUAGAAAAAGCUGCGCAAUACGCUAAAGAGCGUGUGGUCUUCGGCCGUCCUAUCGGUCAGAACCAGGGUGUAUCACAUCCAUUAGCUGAUGCGUAUAUGAAGUUGGAGGCAGCGAAGCUUGCGACAUACCAUGCUGCUCGGCUCUAUGAUACAAACGAUGGCUCGAUCCCAUUCCAUUCUAUUGGUGUCGCGUGCAACAGCGCUAAGUAUCUGGCAGCGGAAGCCGCUUUCACGGCUUGUGAAAGAGCGGUCUUGGCUCAUGGUGGUAUGGGUUAUGCGAUGGAGUAUGAUGUUGAGCGGUACAUGCGUGAAUGCUUUGUGCCCAGGAUUGCGCCUGUGAGUCGGGAGAUGAUCUUGAACUACGUCAGUGAGAAGGUGUUGGACUUGCCUCGAAGCUACUAA